CAAAAAUGUCGUGAGUCUAGAACUGUACAAAAUGUAACCCUGCUACAGAGUGGAGUCCUGGAGUGGACAUCUAAGUAGUUGUAAUUCACAGCUCAAUGCCCUUGUUUUGUCUAAACUUCGGCACACAUCCAAACAAAGAAAUGAACCAUCAAAAUGCUAAGGCGCACUUAUCGGAACGGCUUUCCCCGCUCGUUGGCUCCCAUUUUGCCUCGGAAUUUGAAAGUGGAUAUGGGUGGCCAUCCAUGGGAAGCCACGGACGCGGAAGAAAUAGGUGGCCCACCCCCACAAGAAGACAUCAUGGACCUGGGCGCGAAUAUCGGGAAAGGGUCUCUUCUACUUGGUAUGAAUAGAGCCAGCAGCAUUGGAACCGAUGAAGCCCUUUCUCAGCCGACUUCUUCGUCUAGAAGUGAGCAGCCUGGCCCAGAACGGUAUUCCAAAGAAGCGAUCGCAAAAGGCAACCACGUGACCACUUGGCUCGAAAAUUUCCGUCUUCGGAAAAAUGUGAAUGCGAAUAGACCAGCGAAUUGGAGAUCGACUGACAAAAAAAUGGCGAGUCCUCCAGCAGAUGGCCAUCAAGACCAAGUAGAUGUUUUUAUUCGAUCCGCCGAUGAGUACGAAGUCGCUCUUCGUGAAGUAACGCUUGAACUACAUCAUGCAGAAGGUCGCGUGUCUCUUCAGAGUCUCGCAUAUCUUGUUUACACUCUCGCAGCAUACCGCGAUAUUCCGGCAGCGAAUUCACUCUUUGAGAAGGGACGGGCAAACUUACUUGCAGCUUGUGAUGAUAACCAGCUUAACAAAGGAGCAACGAAUCAAGAACGAAGAGACGAUCAUUUGCGUAUUCUCUACCAAGCGCAUUUCACUGGCCUCUCAGAAGCAUACAAGACCGAGGACAUGUGGAAUUUGUAUGAGCGGAUGACACGAACUGACUUUUUGAUAUCCCCAGUGUGCGCAACACUGUUGAUAGACCAUUUCGUUCAUAGAUUGGCAGGGGAAAGAAGUGCAAGUGCUAGUACUGCCAGUCGUGGCGGUAGUUUAGGUCGGGCGGAGCUGGAUGAACGUGAGAACCUUUUUCUUUCGCGAGCAAAGGAAGUUUUUAUUGGUGCGAUGGGGAUAAAAGAUUCCAGAACUGUGGGAGGUGGAGGUGGAGGCAGAAAUAUUACUUCCAUGUUGUCUGCUGGCGAACAAGGGGAACAGGAAGAUUCUGAAACAGACGCUGAAAAUCCUGGAGAUGAAGAACCCCAUAUGCGAUCUUUCUCAUCCACGUCCUCGUCUUCGUCAAGACCCGCGAUGCCUGAAGCCUCAAGACUGGCGUACUGGGUUACUUCGCCUCCAAUUGAACGAUAUGUCUUGAACAAAAUAAGCUCCGACUCAGAUUGCGCACGCCUUCUAGAAUCUUUCCUGGGUUUGUUGUUGUCUACGUUGCCACGUGGUCGAACGGCGGCUGGACAGAGAUCAUCUUUUCAAACCAGGUCCACUCUGAAAAACCUGGUUGCAGCAUACCUGAGAUAUCAACGUGCUAACAACGCUAAGGAUGGCGACUUCGAUGAGACGCGGGAAGUAUUGACCAGAUGGCUCUUACCAAAUGCCAGUCAUCACGGACUAGAAGAGGAAGCUAGAGACCUGUGGCACUUGCUUGUGUCGAAAGCGCAUGUCCAACUUCAGGAAGAUGUACUAGACGAUCAAUUCGGGAGUAGUAGAGUACUAACUUCUUGGAGUUGGUCCCAUCAAUUAUCGUUUAUCAUUCGUGCGAUGCGAAAAACCUUCGUUCGGAAAAACCAUAGUACAACUAGUAUUCAAACGUCGCCAGGAGACGAUAGCUCGUCGCCAGAGUGCCUUGAGCGUGCCUUUCGAUUCCUGUGGGCUAAUGCAGCGGAAGCAAUCGCUCUAGAUUACGAGGGAUUGGAGAAAGCGCUGUUCUCGGUCGGAGACGAGAAUUUGAUGAAUUCCAUCUCAAAAAGUGCACGUGCUGACUCUUCAGGACCAUGUGUACAAGAUGAAGCACAAGCUUCUGAUGGUGCGAAGAAAGAAGCUGUAAAGGCGGCACAUGAGGAGCAGCUAAUCCGUCUAUAUCUGAGUCUGUGGCCUUCAAGCACCACUGCAGCAAGUGAAGGUAGAGGGAAACUACGAGACGAGCCAACAACAAGCAAAUCACCACUACUCUCGAUUUCUUCCUCUUCUGCAUCUUCAGAGUUGCAUGGUUUGACCUCGCUUUUAAACGCUGUUCUGGAAUUUCAUCUUGGCACUGGACAAACGGAGGAUGGAUUAGAAUUGUUGCUAAGGUGGCAACAGUCGCCCAACGAACUGAUAUCUGGCAUUCUAGGCUCUCACAUGCGUGAGCUCGAAGACGUGGAGCGUGCGCGAGAUGUGUUGCUCCUUGGGGCUGCCGGCAGGAAGAGUAAGACUUGAUAUUUAAUCAGUACGAAAUUAUGAUCAUGACCACAAAAAUGAUCAUGUGCAUAAUUAAAAAAUAACCUCCACCAGAUUAAGUCGUAGGCGUUACAAAGACAUUUGCGCUUCCACCUCGUAUCUAGUUGUAAUACUCAACUCUUCGCUACUCCGCUAGGUAAAGUUACCCCGACCGAAGAGGAGAGGCAAGAGGCCUUUUUACUGUCGAAGUUGCGCAAGGCAGUGGCUGGUCUCAACUCUAGUACUUCCAAGAAGGCAGACGCACCGAAGAACGAGAAGCAGGCGAACGCUCACUCGUCAAACAACUCAGAAAAGCCCAUCAGCAUGAUGCUUCCCGGCCCAACGUUGUUCGCCUACCUACCCUUCCUCACCUUUUUCCAUGGCCAAGGCAUGCCUAAACGGUUUAUUCAGCUGUAUGGCGUUCUGUCGCGACACUCGGACGUCUUGAACAGUCUAGUGGAGUUGCGUGUGCGUUUGAAGCAAGACGUAAUGCGAGAGAGACAAAAAAGUGCAGGUUUUCGUCAUGGUCUUGUAAAUGCAGAUGGCGCAAAAGUCACAAUAUUAGAUGACUUUCUCUCAUCACGAUCUACACGCGAAGUUCCCAAAGUCGUGGACAGGGUUGAGGGACUGCUGACGCAACUUGGACGCUUAGCAACCUCUGGGUGUGUCAAGGAAUUUGAUAAUGAUUUCGGACAAGCAGCAAAAACACAUUUCAAAACAAACUUGGGGAUUAGAUUGGAUUUUGAACACGAGGACGAUGCUAUAGCUGGUCAUCAUGAUGAUCAACAUAGGAGAACACUGUCGUAUGCAAGAACAUGACCUUUUAAAAUCCGUGCAUGCGUGAAAGUGAUUCGAUUGCACGCUCUGAUGUUGUGAUGUAAAUCAAACGCAAUAUAGAUCCUUUAAAAAACGC